UGUGCCUUCAAAAUGGAUUCCAACUCUAACUUGCCUGUCGAAAAUCUAGUGAAUUCCCACCCAGUGGACCUGCCAUGUCAGGAUUAUGAUGCAUUGUGCCCUGUCUCUGAAUACCUAUCAAGUCUGGAGUCAGGCACGAAGUCAUUUCACCUUCCCAGUGGAGCAGAGGUAAAAGUAACUCAUGACAAUAUAGGCAAGCUCAGGCUGUUUGGGGAGGAUGAACCACCUCAUUACCUUCUUGCCCUCCAUUUACCAGGAGAUGAAACCCAAGUGGUUGCCAUAUACUUGCAUCACAAAUGGUGGCCCAUUAGUGACGUUUUGAAGACAUCCAGCAAAUCCAGAAAUGGUCUUGUAUUGGUGGAGUCAGUGAUGGAGAGAGUUAUACUGUUCCUGCUAAGUCAGAUUGUGUUUGGAAUGUUGGAAAGGUCUCAGGAAGAACACAUAUAUUUCUCAACUCAUCCUGUGUCAGAAUAUGGGAAAAUCUUCUGGCAAGAUGGAGAAGCAGUUGGCUUUUACACUGUUAAAAAGAAAGGAAGACUGUGCAAUGGAUGCACUAGUCAGAGUUACCUUCUCCCUGUGCUGGACACUGUGUUUGUGCGCCGCCACUGGAGGAGGAACGGCCUAGCCAUGCAGAUGCUCCAGGAUUUCUGCAAGUCCAUGCCCACAGAGAGGGUGCUGGGCAUUAGCUACCCCAUAUCUCCCAGUAUGUAUGGAGUAUGCAAGAAGUACCUAGAGACUCACCAGGAACAAAGGGAGCGCCUCUAUGAAGUGGAGGCUCCUGGGAAUUGGAGUCAGAGACACAACGUGUGGUUGAGCAUACUAGUCCAGCACCAGCCAACACACACUGGCACUAUUGUCAAGGCUGCUGUUAUAGAGAAUUAAUCAUCAACUUCUGACCUAUCAGAUUUGGGAAUUCAAAAGCUAAGGAGCCUUCUGACUAUUGCGUUUAAAGUGUUUAAAAUGAUUUGUGUUUAAAAGAUUUCAAAGUUUUAUUUUUUCUUCUUUAUUUUCAUGUGAGAUAAACAAAGUGGUUAUCGUUAUCAUGUCUCAGCUAUAAUGUUAUGAUUUUUGUGCAUAUGAUUUCAGAUGAGAGUCCACACAUCACACAAGCUACUGACAAACAGCUCACAUGCAAUAAAGGGAAGACGAGCAUGCCACGACUCACAGGCACUGAACCAAGCAUGUACCAGACAAGAUAUGUAGAGAAGCAACUAACUGACCGGGCUGGGACACCAAAGUGUAAAAAAGCCAAGAUAUCCUAGUAAAUUCUGUUUUACUGAAUGGGUCUAGAUGUGGAAGGCCUAUGAACAAGCUAUACUUUGUCACUGUUAUGCAUCAGUCUCAGGGAUGUGUGGUUGCAGUGCAAUAUAAAACUCUGAUUGCAGAAGUAAUGGAGUGUAUGAUGGAAUGGUGAUUUUCAAGGUCUUGUGUUCCCUGUAAACAUGAAUGUGAAUCACAACUGUGUUAGUAUGAUACAGAAUUGACUGUUUAAACAGUGUCCAAAAAUCUAUAUUAAAAAUAGAAAAUAAAAAAAUGUAAAAAAAAAAAAAAAAAAAAAUUUAUUUAAAAACCCUUGAGUUAGUCAAUAUUACCUAUCUCUAGUGUUUUAAUAAAGAUCAAUGCAGUGUUCGCUACUAUUAACUUUUGAGCAAAUCCUCUUUUUAUACUUAUUACUGUUAAUUUUCUUUCCCACUUACCUUAUGGAGCAUCAGAAAGGAAAAGACAAUAAUCAGAUACAGAAAUUUCAAGGUUAUUUGUCAAGAACAAAAACGUUCAAAUUCCAUUUCAAACAAAACUACACCUACUACAGCAGUAAUGGGAGUUGACAGAUGCAUAGCAUUACAAAAUACUGAACAACAAUCACAUUUAAACUAAUCUGUAACCAUAUUAGUUGUCAGCUAGAGCUUAAUGUAUCUUUUCUCUUUUCUACCAUAAAGGUGUCAUGUGGAAAACACUCUUAACCUAAGCCUAAGAAAGAAUUCAUGAGAAAACAUCUGACUUUUUUUAUUUUAUGCUCUAUUUGUACAUCUGGAAGUGUUUUCCUUUUGAGAAAAACAAAUUAACUUUCAACCCACACGGUCUGUUUCCAAGUGUUCAGGAUGUUGUGUAUAAUCUCCCUGGUGAAGCCGAUUCAAUGUUGUUAAAAAAAAACAAACCCUAAUGUUUUUAUCAAUCUAGAUUCAGACUUGGCAUUCAAAUCCCAGAUUUGUUCACCUGAAAACAAUAGAUAAUACUGUUUAUUCACCACAUAUAAAGCACAUAUUUGAGAUACUGUUUUUUCUUACUCACUUCCAAAAUGUAUGAGUGUAUUUAAUUUUGUGUUAUUUAAAAUAAAUGUAUUUAUUAUAAAAUGGGAUGAAUAAUCAGCAUUUCGUUAAAUAAUGCUAUAUAAUGGACAUUUUUAACAUUAACAGUAACAUUUGGAUGUAAUGGAAAUUGCCUGUGUGUGUG